UCGUGACGUCACUCAGGUGCGGCGCUGAGGGAAAUGGCGACUGAAGUUUUUUUGUCUGUGUUUAGUGAAGUGAAGCUGUGAGGAGAAAUCAACUGCAGAACCGCAGAAGUGCAGAACCGCAGAGGUGCGCGCUGAGGGGAGCGGAUUAAAGCGGGGUCUGUUUCCUCUCUCUCUCUCUCUCUCUCUCUCUCUCUCUCUCUCUCUCUCUCUCUCUCUCUCUCUCUCUCUCUCUCUCUCUCUCUCUCUCUCUCUCUCUCUCUCUGUGUGUGUGUGUGUUUUCUGUAUACACUCCUGUAGUCUGAUCUACAACAGUACCCAUUGAUCGGAUCCACAGCGCGGUGUUCUUCCCGGUCAUCAGACUCGGCUGAAUCAUUUUACAGUAAGGAGGAGAAGUCGGGAAGUCGGACAGAAACUGCGUACGCAGGUUGGAGUGUGAGAUGGCGACCGUGGAUGUGGAGGCGCGUGAAGCGUUUCCUGUAGAGCGAGACUGGGCGGAUGCCGGUGAGGAUGCAGGUGCAGGUGCGGAGGAGAACGAGAUCCGGGAGCCGGGAUGCUGCGAAAGGUUCCACGUGUCCGUGUCCAGGUGGAUGCUGCCGGAGGAGCUGAGAGAGACGUACCUGGAGAGAACGAACUGCUGCCCACCGCCGAUCUUCAUCAUCCUCAUCAGCAUCGGAGAGUUGGCGGUGUUUAUUUAUUACGCGGUGUGGAAGCCACAGAAGCAGUGGAUAACUCUGGACGAAGGAAUCUGGAAGAGUCCGUUAACGUAUAAACCUGACGAGCGCGAGGAGGCGUGGCGUUUCCUCUCCUACAUGUUCGUACACGCCGGUGUUCAGCACAUCCUUGGGAACCUGAUUCUCCAGCUGCUCCUCGGGAUCCCAUUGGAACUGGUCCAUAAAGGGUUCGAGGUGGGGAUGGUGUACCUCGGCGGCGUUCUCGCAGGAUCAUUAGCGAGCUCUAUCUUUGACCCGUACAGCGCUCUGGUCGGGGCUUCAGGGGGAGUUUACGCCCUGAUCGGAGGUUACUUGAUGAACGCUAUAGUGAACUUUAGAGAGAUGAUUCCUCUGCUCGGGAUCUUCCGCAUCUCCGUAAUCGUCAUCAUCGUGGGCACAGACAUGGGCUUCGCUCUCUACAGACGCUUCCUGAGUGACGCUGCAGGAUUAAAGGUGUCGUUUGUAGCUCACAUCGGUGGAGGAAUCGCAGGAAUGACCAUCGGCUACGUGUUCUUCAGUAACUACAACCAGAAACUCCUGCGAGAUCCUCGCUUCUGGUUCUGCAUCGUGGGCUACAUCAUCUUCCUGCUGUUCGCCGUCUUCUUCAACAUCUUCCUGUCUCCGGCUCCUCGCUGAUCAAACCCUCGAGCAGAAACAUCACCGCGUCCCAGUCUUCAUCUCUACCUGCGGUUUACACGGACCUGUUUAACACCACGUUUAGGUCACAGACACUACAGAUCAUUCUCAUUUUCAUUAGAAAAAUAGUUUUGGUUUUAAAUGUUUGUUUUCAUGCCCUUAGAACCUCGCGUUAGAACCUCGCGUUAGAACCUCGCGUUAGAACCUCGGUGCUACAGGACACGAUGAACACGACGUGGAGCUUUAGUGAGGUUUUUCUUUUUAAUAUUUCAUGUUACAGAAAAAACUGAUGUUAUUUACGGUGCUGUUAGUUUUUACUUUGGAUUUUCAGGGUUUUUCAGGGUUUUUAUGGGAUUUACGGGUUUUUAGCUGUUUCUGUUUUAUAUUUGUUACAGAAUCGAGAGAUUACACACGUUUUUAAUCUGUUUAUCAGUGGAGCAUGCGCUGUACAUGUUCCUGUGAACAAGCCGUUACUAUAGAAACGAUUAGAGCGAGUGCAUUAAUAUAAACCUGCGCUACUGUCAGAGCCACUGUUAUACAGAACUAAUCACCACCUUCUGACCAAUCACAGUCCAGAACUCUGCAGCAGUGCGCUGUAAUAAUAUUUAAACAGUGUUUAGUGCACUGGUAUGUGGUUUGGGACGCAGCCGGACUGAGAGACUCUGCAUGGUGUGGUGUGUUACAGAACUGUUCGUUACAGGAGUUUGACUGAGUGUCAUUUUUUGUAUGUGAUUCAUUUUGAGCUUAAAAUCAUGAUUUAUUAUUAAUCCUGUUACUUCAUUUUAGUCCAAACUUCUGAGUUUUAAGGAGCGGUUCUGCCAAAAGUACAAAUUUAUAAUGUUCAGUGUCCAGUCUAUCAGCUCAGACCUGUGUGCCUUAUCACCUCCAGUUUAGCAUGGUGUCUGUGUGUGUCUGUGUGUGUCUGUGUGUGUCUGUGUGUGUCUGUGUGUGUCUGUGUGUGUCUGUGUGUGUCUGUGUGUUGAAACCCCAAGCACUACCCCACUGUGAGCAGCAGGAGGCGUUGUUUAUCAGGAAAAGAUCUUGAUGAUUUAAUUGCAGUUGAAGUCUCAGGUGUUUGUGUGAAAUCUUCUGAUCUAUAAUCUGAUAAUCCCAAACAUUAAGAUCAUGUUAAAUCGGAUUGUUUUAUUUACUGUUUCUGUGCUGUUACUUUAAAGGAAAUCUGUUAUUUGUACGUUUGGAAUUUAGUUUUCAUUAAAAGAAGUUUUAGUGUUUUAUCCUUUAA